AAAUUUGUCUCCUUCUGAAAUAAUGCUCACAAAGGACGACAAUGGCGACGGGUUUCGCCUCCAGCUCAAAAUCCAGCUCGACGGGUCCUUCCGCCGCUCCGUCAUCGCAGCGUCGGAAGUCGCCGAAAUGACCCAUGCUGGAAUCGUCAAGCACUGCUGCGAGGUCUUCCAGGACGCCCUGCCGCCAGGAUGCCUGCCGACCAUCAAGUUCCAGGACGACGAGGGCGACUUUUGUGAUUUGCUGCCGACCACAACGUCCGUCGCAGACCUCCUCAGCUGUGCAGUUCGCGUCGAAGGCCAGCCAGAUCUGCGCCGGCUGCAGCUCGUUCUGGCCGUCGCUGCCGGCUCUGGGGCGGGCUCCGUUGCGUCUGCUGCUGCUGCUGCGGCCGCGGUUUCAGAUUCCGCAGCAAUUGCCGCUUUGGUCGAUUCAGUCUCAGGGAAUCAGGCGUCGGUCGCGGCAGAGGUGCCAAGUGCUCCAGUAGCAACGCCGGACGCAGUUGGACCGAGCACGAGCACUGCUGUGGCAGCCGAAACCGAGGACAACAACAAGAUUUCCUCGACGUCUCCAAUCUCGACGAGUACUGCCGCCGCGGCGGUCGAUCCGAGGACAAUCGCACCAAGGAAGGUUGCCAACACGGGACCAAUGCUGCCGAAGGGAUUUAUUGCAGAGUCCAAGCCGCUGAACGAAGAACAGCUCGAAAAGAUGCGCUAUGAGCACUUUGCUGGAUCGGGACGGCGCAAGCGUUGGCAGGCACGCGAGGUGCCUCUCACGGACGACGAGUUGGAGUGCUGGCUUGAGCAAAGCCGUUGGCUGACGUGCAGUGUGACUGGAAAACGCUGGCUCGGGUCAAAGUCCAUCAUUGGCGUCGGUUUGUACCACGCGCCACGCUUCCUGUCAGAUGAAGAAAGGGAACGCCAAGCGGAAACGAGCCGAUUCGUGCAGCAACGCGAUAGUGCUGCACGGGCUGUUCAGGCUUCCCGCCCAAUCACCAGCACGGCGCUUGCGGACGAUGAUAUUGACUCCACCGAGGAGUUGUUUCAUGUCUAUCCGUCUGUGCAGGCACCGCCUCCAGCCAACAUCAAGCCUUUUGCUUCAGCCUCUGCUCCGUCAAUUGACACAAGGGUCGGCUCCUUGGACGUUAUUGUCGGCCCCGUGUUUGAUAUUGAUGCAUUCAACGACGGCGCCAUUGGAAAUCCCGCCAAGGGCAUUCUGCCGUACGAUCAGCGCGGUGUGGUUGAUAUGGAUCGCCAGUUUAACGCGCUCAAUAUGGCGUACUACGUGGCGAAGGGCAAGAGUAUUGGCACAGCCCAGCGGUAUGAGCGCAAGAUGAUCACCAAUCGUUUGUCCUUCUACAUUGAAGAGUUUCACGGUCGCAAGGUGUUUCCGGACAACGUGGAGGCCCAACUGGCUCUUCUUGUGCACCGCGAUGCUGAUGCCUUUGACAAGUGCGUCUACCCCGUCACGCGCGACGACAUGAUUGCCGAUGCUGUCAAGCGCUGCAUUCCCAAAAUCCUGAAAGCUACUGUGGCCAGCAUGCUGAGCGACAAGAACGAGGCGGAUUCGGAUCGAUUUGACCAAGCCCUUCGGGUGUACUUGCUUGUUCACCAAAUGGCAAUCAAGCUGGUUGUGCGCUACAGCGGAGUGUACUCGUACCUCUUCCGAUCUGUUCUCCAAUGGAUCCAAAAUCCUUUCACUGCAAAAAGCCGUAAGGAGUGGCCAGACAUUGAAGAGGUUCUUAUUUCUGCUUCGCUAGUUGGAAUUCCGUGGUCGACGCUGCGUGAAUCAUUCGUCCGCCGGCUCAUGGUGCAAAUGAUGGCCAAGACCGCAAACAUGCGCGACACUGCCACCUCGCUCGAUCGCAUGCGACACAUGUUCAAUCAGAACCGCACCAUGAUCAUGCGGCUGCUCUACGAACUGAGCUUUUUUGUGGCCGGAGCAACCCCUUCGGAACUCGAUGUUAUCUAUAGUCGUUGCGCGGGUAGCCUCCCGAAAGCACAGCGGGAUGCCGUCAAGCGAACGUGUGUCGCCGUGAAGGGCGUCGACUGCAUGGAGAAGCUGUGGAAGUACUUGGCCAUGGAUUCACCCGUCACUGACGAUCUUGCUGUGCGAAACCACAUUGGCCGAUACCUCGACUAUCUUGUUGCGGCCGUACCUGUGUGGGAGGCUCAGAAUUUGACUGCAGACGCCUGGAAUGCCAUCAAAGUGCCACCGCUCGUGACCCGGCCGAUUGUUCAAAAGUCGUCGUCGUCGUCCGUCACGUCAUCCGCAACCUCCAAGCCCAAUGCAUCAUCCGCGCAAUCCAAGCACAGCUCAUCGACGACUGUAAAGGCCAAGGCGGCCGCAACGAGCGCCGCUCCAGGCAAAGGAAUGGGCAAAGUGGCCGUCGAGGCAAAGGCAACACGCACCAUCCCCGUGCCGCAGCAGACUGUGUCGUCGGUGGCAACCCUCGGAAUUCUUGGUUUUCAGUCAGAAGAGGCUCGUUUGCUGAAGGAACAGGACGCUGAAGAGCAAAUGAAGCACAUGGGCUGGCCCAUGCUCACCAGCACCCGGACGCUCGACCGCAACAAGUGCUGCUAUCCGCGCUGUGGUCGCGUCUUCUCGUGCCGCAGCCUCCUGUUCCAUCAUCUCAAGCGUGUCUUCAAGGGGCGAUUGGCAGCAAACCCAGGAUUCCACGUUCGGCACCGCAAGCUCACGACCGAGGAGACUCACCCUGACCACGACGCUUGGCGUUCGCUAACGUGCCCUGCUUGCCACUGCAGCUUUGAGAACGGCAACCAACUGCGCAUUCAUUACACCUGGCUCGGUGUGGAGGGCUUCUGGUCGAUGGAGCAGCAGACCGCGCUGCGCAAAGCCGCUGCCAAUGAAUCGCAAGAAGAACAAGAAGAAGCCGACAUGGAUCGCAUUGACGAACGUCAAGUCGUCAACGAGUACGUGGUAGACAUAGUCCCGGCCUCUCCAUCCCCAGGCGCACCCGGCACACACGCUCCCGUUGCUUCAGAAUCGACCGCCGCAGUGGCAACAACGCAAGUCCGCUCCGAAACAGUCAUGGUCAAGUCCACGCCGCUGCGCCGGAACGCAAAGGAGGAAGAGUUUGAUUUGCUUGGUGUGUGCAUCAAGUGCUUGAAUGCGGAACGCGAGUGCAUCUUUUCGCCGUGCGGCCACUUUGUCGCGUGCCGGCCCUGUUCCGAGCGGGCGGGCGAAUGCCCCGUGUGUCGCACGAUGGUGUUUGACUUUAUCGUGCUCUGCUACGGUCUUCAGUCGGACGGUCGAAUGCGUGGCACAAUGGCCGCGUCUCCCCGCUAUUGGGUUUCGCGCGUCGAUCGCACCGUGCCCCGGAAUAUUGGGACACCCGACACCACGCCCAUCUCACAGCUGACGGGAAUGGCCCUUCGCGAGGUGGAGCUGGAUGCGACCAAGGUGGCUGUCUUUCAGUUGCUGAUGAGUCGCACGUCCAUUGCAAAGUACAUGCCGCAGGACGUGACGUCGAAUGCUCGGUACUCGGGCUUUGUCGUCAAGAAGGUUUUCCGAAUUGAAAACCCGUACUUGUGGCGCUCGUACGCGCAUGCCAAGCACAUGAUUCGCUCUCGCUUUGUGUCGCACUUUGAGACCAAGAACAGCGAGUUGGGUGAGAUUGACAAGAAGCUGGCACGAGUGGUCAAGGAUUUCAAUGGCAAUCCAGAGGCUGCUCGAGACAAGAUGAACGCAACACUAGCUCAGCUGCAUCGGUUGCAACAACUUCGCGAAAAGUUCGAGGUCACGACGGAAAACCUGUGCUUGCGGGACCACUUUGCGUGGAAAACGGCUACAAAGGGGCAGGCGUGGAGCACUGACGUCGGUUGGCUCGGCUAUGCUGCCAACGAUUCCGCCCCGAGCCGGCCUGAGAAUCUGACCCGGCGACAGCGCGAAGAGAUUGAGGAGGCCGAGCGACGGUACAUUCGCAUGCGGGAGGGCGUGGACGAAGAGAUGCUUUCAAUGCGCAACCCGUCGUCCAUGCACUAUCUGCCCGAGGCAGACCGCAAGCUGCACUCGGAUUUCAUGCAAGAGCUGGCUUUGGAAAGUGACAUUAACGAAAAGGUCUUGUUCCACGGAACAGACGUCCAGUACGCUGACAGCAUCAAGCACAAUGGACUUGACGAACGACUCUCGUCCGACUACGGUCUGUUUGGCGGCGGCAUUUACUUUGCAGAGAAUGCGACAAAGAGUGAUGCCUACUGCGUUGGAAUGGGCGAGAAGCGCUUCAUGUUCCUGUCGCGCGUCUGCCUCGGCACGCCAUUUGUGGCCCUGUCUGCGCUCGAUGGCCGUCGUCCUCCAUGCUUGGAGCUCUGUGACUCUACUCAGCCGUGCACCCACUCUCGCUACGACAGCGUGAUUGGCGAAAAGCAAGCAAACAACCAGGAUGCAUACCUCAUGAAGCACCGCGAGUUUGUUGUCUACGAUCGCAACCAAGUUUAUGAUCAUCUACGAGCGAGUGUAGGCUCGUGGUUGAGUCACGCGUUCUUUUGUUUUGCGUAUUGCUCUGUGUGUGUUUGCGGUGCAUUCGAAAAUUCGCAUUGAAUUUUUAGCGGAAAAAUUGAUCUUGAC